AAACUAUUCGGGGUAAAUAAAGGGGACUGGACAGUCAAGUGAGUCAGGAACUCUCGAGCUAAAGCUUGUGCAAUCGAUCGGAAACUAUCGGUCCCGAAUCACACUAGACAGAGCGGAGAAACCGAGACGUAAUUCCCAGCUGCUGCAAGCAUGGCGACUGCGCUACCUCCGGCACCCGCCGAACUGGACAUCCACAGAGCGCCCGGGGCUGAGCCGUCACCCCGGGACGCUGGCGGCUUCGUUGGUCUCCCGUCGACGUCCUCCGCUGCAACAACGGGCACUAGAGUGAAACCUGUGACACUGUGUGUGUUCACGAUGAAGGAGGGAGAAUCGGUGCAGGCAGUCUACCCGUCUGGCCGGUUCACCACAGUCAGUCAGAUCCACGAAACAGUGAUGGCCGCACUUGGCCUGCCCUCCGAAGUCGUCGACUGCUUCAGUAUUUGGCUCUCCUCCAAACACCUCCAGCUCCAGUUGAAAUCCUAUCAUCUCCCGUGCAAGUUGUUCAAGAAGUGGAAGGAUCUUCUCUCUCAGUACACCAACACCGCCUACGACGACAUAUGCCAAGACGAGCCAAUUCUGACAUUCCAGAGAAACACCUUCUUCCCUCUGAAGGAGGAGAGGAAGAUGAUCGAUCCAAAGAAGAAGAGUGAGAACGAGAAAGCCAUUGACCUCCUCUACAAUGAGGCUGUGUUCAACGUGACUAAAACCCGCUACCCUCUAGAGGAGACCGACUAUCACGAACUAGCUGGAUCCAAGCCGCCACUUUUGCCGUGGAACACCCGGGAGAGGGACUAA